AUGGCGGCGACCACGGGCCAGGCGGCCCUCCUGGUCCUGCUGCUGGUGACCCUGGGCGGCGCGGCCAAGGCGCAGCCGCCGCGCGGCACCUGCGGGGCGCAGCUGAGCCAGCUGGCCCCGUGCGCGCGGUACAGCGUGCCGCCGAUGCCGGGGCAGGCGCUCCCGGCGCCCGGGCCCGAGUGCUGCUCGGCGCUGGGGUCCGUGUCCCGCGACUGCGCCUGCGGCGCCAUCGACAUCAUCAACAGCCUCCCCGCCAAGUGCGGCCUCCCGCGCGUCUCCUGCCAGUGAUCGCCGCCUGGCUCCAUGCAACGACAAGAGGAACAACUGAAGAAGGCGAGGAUGAAUAAGACGUCGAUGGUCGGAGCAGACAUCGAGUAGUAGUGGUAGUAGUACUCAGUGGCUGUCCGGUUCGCCUAGAUCGAUCUCCUGUGAUCCAUUAGAGGCUCUCGUGUUUGUUGCCAUCUGGUGAAAGUCGGAUUGAUAAUAACAAUGGAACCAAUUUGCAGCGA